AAGCGCCAGUAGCUAGCGCUUGUAGAAGAGGCGUGUCCUGUUGUGUACGCAUCUGAGGGAAUACGUCAUGGUGAUGGUCGUCCGUCAGUGGUGUGGUGUACGCGGAAAUCUUACCGAGCUGAAAUGGUCAACAGUUUUAGUGAAGUUUUGUGUUCUUCGUGUCGGAUCUGAAGUGGCUCGCUCUUGAAGAACGCAACCCACACGGCGUAAAGCUGGUGCGCGCCAAGGAAAGACGGGAAAAUAGGGCACAGUACGGAACGCAUCCAGGCAUUGCGUAUGGCAUGGCGGACGGGGGCCAGUCUACGGAGAACCCCACAGCCGAAGAGGGCACGAGUCAAGGCGGCGCAACGAAGCUGCUACGGUUGCGGAUUGUGGCAGGCCAUAGUUUGGCCAAAAAAGACAUUUUUGGAGCAAGCGAUCCUUAUGUGCGAAUUGACCUUGUCAAGGCGAGGGGCGACAGCUACACGGUCUUGGAUUCACUCUACACGAAAACCAAAAAGAAGACGCUGCAUCCAAAAUGGGAUGAAGAAUUUGUGAUCAAGGUUGAUCCUCAGGAGCACAAGAUAGUCAUGGAAGUCUUUGAUGAAAACAGACUGUCUUUAUGGCGAGGAAUGCGAUCGAACAGUGUGCCCGCUGCUGUCACAGUGUCUGGUGCGCGCUCAAUGCCACAGACUCGCGACGACUUCCUGGGUCUGGUGGAGUUGCCCCUGGCGGCCAUACCUGUGGAACGACCGGGGAGGCACAUCCCUCACAAAUACUACCUGCUCCGGCCGCGCAGCAGCGCCAAGUCCCGGGUCAAGGGCCACCUGCAGGUCUACCAUGCCUACCUGCCAGACGGGGAGCAGCAAGCAGCUGAGAACGCAAACCAGAGCUCAACAGACGAGGGAUGGGAGGUAGUAGACGCUGAAGAUGGUGGGCCGCCAUCAUCUCAAGGGGCUGGCAGCAGCAGCAGUCCAGAGUUCUCAGGCAGCGAAGCACCUCCUUCACCACUGCCACCUGGCUGGGAGGAGCGGGAAGAUGCCUGCGGACGUAUCUAUUACGUCAAUCAUGUGGCACGCACCACGCAAUGGGAGCGUCCUAUCCGGGGCAGUGAUGGCACAGAGGAAGGUGCGGCAGCUCACCAGCGGAACUUAGACCUGGCGCAGGAGUUCCAGCGGAGAGUCCACAUCAGCGUUGACGAGACGGCCGAUCACUCCACUACCCCUAAUCACACAGAGGAGCCGCAGGCGGUGCCAUCUGUGCAAAGGGGCAGUGUUGUAGAGGCUACCGCACAGCAGAAUGGAACUCUGCCUCCUGGUGCCAAUUCACAGCGUCGGUUUACCUUGCCCAUGGAGGCCAACAUGCGGACCCAGCUGACGUCAGCACCCCAGCCGAGUCCCGAGGGUUUGCCAGCUGGCUGGUCCCUGCAGGUGGCUCCCAAUGGGCGCCUCUUCUUCAUUGACCACAACACCAAGACCACCACCUGGGUGGAUCCUAGGACAGGAAAACCAAGCGACUUGCCCAGGCAUGGUAGCCUUCCUGGAAGCCAGCAGAACACCAUGGAUGACUUGGGACCACUUCCUGAUGGCUGGGAAGAGCGCGUCCACACAGAUGGCCGAAUUUUCUUCAUUGAUCACACCGCAAGGAUAACACAAUGGGAGGAUCCUCGCUUCAACAAUCCGAAUGUUGCUGGUCCCGCUGUGCCAUAUUCAAGGGAUUACAAGAGGAAGUAUGAGUAUCUUAAAUCCAAGCUUCCAAAGCCGCCUGGAAACAUUCCGAACAAAUUUGAACUGAAGGUAUCGCGGGCUCGGAUUCUGGAAGACUCGUAUCGCAUCCUAAGCAAUGUUACGUGCGUGGAUCGCCUGAGAUCGAAGCUUUGGGUCGAGUUCGACGGUGAGGAGGUUUUGGACUACGGUGGCGCCUCGCGGGAGUUCUUCUACCUGCUGUCUCGGGAGAUGUUCAACCCGUACUACGGCCUCUUCGAGUAUUCAGCAGCGGACAACUACACACUUCAGAUCAACCAGUGCUCAGGAAUGUGUAAUGAAGACCAUCUUUCUUACUUCAAGUUCAUUGGAAGAGUGGCUGGUAUGGCUGUUUAUCAUGGAAAACUGCUCGACGCAUUCUUCAUUCGACCGUUCUACAAAAUGAUGCUCGGCAAGCCUAUCACUAUCAAGGACAUGGAGUCUGUGGACACGGAAUACUACAACUCGCUGCGCUGGAUCAUGGACAACGAUCCCGCUGAACUGGACCUCCGAUUCUCGGUGGACGAAGAUCUGUUCGGGCAGAUGCAACAGCGUGAGCUAGUGCCUGGCGGUGCCGAUCUACCCGUCACGCAGGAGAACAAGGCACGCUACGUCGACCUUGUGAUACAGUGGCGCUUCGCAUCUCGCGUGCGGCCCCAGAUGAAUGCCUUCCUCGAAGGUCUGAACGAGCUGGUACCCCUGGCCCUGCUGCGCGUCUUCGAUGAGCAUGAACUCGAGUUGCUAAUGUGCGGCAUCGGCCAGAUCGACGUGCGUGACUGGCGGCGCCACACCGUCUACAAGGGCGGCUACCACGCCAACCACGUGGUGGUCCAGUGGUUCUGGAGGCUGGUUCUGUCGUUCAACAACGAGAUGCGGUCACGCCUGCUCCAGUUUGUCACGGGCACCUCGAGGGUUCCGAUGAACGGCUUUGCCGAGCUGCACGGCAGCAAUGGGCCGCAGCCCUUUACGCUGGAACGGUGGGGAUCGCCCAGCAACCUGCCUCGCUCUCACACCUGCUUCAACCGGUUAGAUCUGCCGAUGUACGAGAGCUACCAAGAUCUCCGGGAGAAAUUGAUACAGGCCAUUGAAGGAUCAGAAUCCUUUGGAGGAGUCGACUAGCAUUCCACGCUGCCAUGGUGUCUGAAGCUUCUGUGGCACAUUUCACAGGGACACGACCUAUGUGCAUGUCCACAGGGUUUGAACAGUCUUGUUACGCCAUCUUAUCUCAAGUGUCAGCACAAGAACAAGUUUUAGUCACCCACAUGCAACAAGUGCCUUUUCUGCUGCUCAUCCAGCCAAUGGGGGCCACGAUACAAGCUUGCUUUUUUUUUCUUCUUUCUCCUCUUGUGUGGACUGGACUGCUGACCAACGUUGCUCGGCCUAGCGAAGUGUUCUUGUUUGUGCUUUUGCAGGCACGUAGUAUAGUAGUAGUAGUAGCAGCAUCUCUCAAUCAUUCAUCUGGCUUUGGCAAGCAUCAUUGUUUCGCCAUUUUGGUUAAGGGUCUCUUUAUUUUAGUGUCACCGUAACCCAGUCUCCAGAGGAAACACCAGUCUCAUGUCUUACUGGUUGUACGAAGUGCUGCUAUUUGAGGUUGUUGGAGAAAAAUAUGUUGUGCGUUUGAAGACACGGCCGAAAGAAAUGAAAUGCACGUAGGUCCAUGUGUCAUUUCUUUCUGCUGUUCUUGUGCGCAGUGUGUUACGUAUUCAGCUUGUUGAUGCCACAUUUACAAGUCUAAUCUUGAGCAGAGCUGUGCAUCACCAGCGGCUUUUUUACUAGAUGUUGAGUGAAGGUCUUAUACAUUACCUGCGAGAGGCUGGCAACUGGUAUAUGAACUAGCACUGUUCGCUUACCCCUGUGUGAUGAAGCGACAGCUACAAGUUUAUACUUGGUGAUGUUACAUUUGGAGGCACCCACUUUUAUUCUUGUAUUGUCUCCAAGAGUUCAAGCAGCAUUCAGCGUGUACCUGUUCUUGACAACAGUGGCAUAAUUAGAGUGGGUACCGAACAGCGGCACCUGUAGCGUCUUUUAACUAGUCAAGUUUUACGACAAGCCCUUCAGGCUGUCAGUGUAUGUCAGACUGAUACUUUCAGAUUCUGAAAUGAGAAGUGUAGUUUGCCGAGCAACGAGAAUUUUUGAACCUUGUGAAGUCCUUGUAAAAUGAAAAAGAAAGAGGGUGGUGCAAGGGGCAGGAGUCCUGUACUGUAAAUUCACGUUUGCAGGACUUGUGUUUACACAAGCAUCUUCAGCUCCUCGUAUACUAUUGGCUGGAGAAGCACUUGUUUUAAUGUUACCGUAUUUCCACAGAGAUUGGCAGUGGUCAUUGUCACUGCACCUGAUGCACUUUCUUUAAUACUAUAGUAGAGGCAACUCUGCAGAACGAGCGGUAUGGUUAAGAUAUUGUGGAGAGAUGUUUUGUGUUUGUGCGACUAUAAUAAGACUGUUCUUUUUUUCUUUUUUUUUUGCUACACUUUAAUAUGCAAUGAGCUCAACCACUACGCAACUGGGCUUUGUGGAAAAGCCAACCUUUCAAGCUAAGGAAGAAUGUCAGUGCAGUUGCACGGUAAGGAGUGAAAGUACUAUUAAUGAGAUGCACACCAGUACAGCCUUACUUUUACAAGCACAGCUAGCUAUCCUGGCUGGUUUUAUGGCACAUCAGGGGCAUUUUAGUGUAGCACUGUUGACGGAGUGUUACAAUAAUGCACACCCUUGCGAGCCCUGGUGCAAGUCCCAUGGAGUCGUGUAUCGCCGUUGCCACUCGCACAUCCCGCCUUGCUAAAGCACUCCAAGCAUUAGUGCGGUUGUGUUUCACAAUGUCGCAUUGCAUUACAAUCAUAAUGUCAUUUGUUUCUUGUCAGUUUCCGCAUUAAGAUCGUGCAAAUGCAGCAUGUUGCUCCAGUAUGCGUGUCGAGAAUAUUGGAGUUGCCUCGAGAAAUGUGAUGCGGCAUGUGGGAUCGCGCAUUACCUUGUAACAAGCGAGUUUUUCUCCAAUUGAAACAGUUUGAACCGAUGGCAUGUGUGUUUUCUUCUGCGCAGACAGAACUAGGGUUGCAGUGUGCGGAAACAUUUUCCACUCUCCAACCACACUACAAACCGUGUAUAGCGCUACAGUAUUCAAACGUGUAGAUUUUGAUUUGACAUCCUUUAUAGCUUUUACAUGCUGAUAAUGGAGGCUCGUAUGUGGCCUCGGGAGAACGACUCUCAGCGAAAUGCAGCUUUUGAUGAAGUUUAGGGUCUGCAUGCCUGUUGGUGUUCCUGAUGUACAAGGUCCUAUUGGACCAAUGUGAACGACUGCGUUCCCGCACACUGCAUCUCCACUUUGCUGCUUGUACACCAAGGUGGUGUGAAAUUGCUGCACAAGCCCUUGUUGACAAAACCUUUAGCUAAGUCAUUAAAGCACUUGUUUGAACUUUUAUAUAUAUGAAAGUUGUUGAACUACUUUGACCCGCAGCUCCAUCUAUGUACAACUAAAGAAACAUAAACAGCUCUAUAUACUGAAACCUGCUUUCAUGUUGCGGCUUGUAAAGCAGAAAAAUACACCUACAUUAUUUAAUGUUUGUCAGAAUGUCACAUCUUGCUCUUCAGAUUUUUAGAUGCUUUUAUGGAAGUAGAAAGCUUGUUUUGUAUAUUAUUUCAUGGAUUUGUGUUUGGGCUGUUUCGACCUUUGAAUUGCCGUAAUUGUGAGAGGGGGUGUUGUGCCGUUUGGGUUAGGUUGAGUUUUGAACUGUGUGUAAUAUACAGCAAUUUAUUAGCAGAGCUUUACUUAGAUGGAUUGAGGUUAUUGAUUACAUAUUUACUUGUAUGUAUAUUGUGUGUUCAUAUGCUAUUCAGACUUUUUGACUGCAUUAUGUGAGGCAACCGUGUGCAACAGCAGCAACUUUAGGUAAACGACAGUUGUACUUCAUUUAGCAAGAUUUGUGCAGCCAUCACCAUUUGAAGACAACAAAGAAAUGUAUUUCUCCAAUAGCUAAUUUGUUGUUUGAUGGAAUCUUGUGGUACUUAAUUCAGUUUUUAAUUGUGCUUGAUGUCUCAACACCUUACGUACAGGAUCGUGUACAGCGCACAAGUAGGUAACAAAGCAACAGUUAUGGGGUUAUAUAUGCCUUGUAUUGCACGCUAUAGCUUGUGUCAGAUAAGUGAGCCUUCGUGAAAAAAUGUCCCUGACAGCUGUUCCUGUAGAAAAGCCUUUUUUGUUUUAAUCGGUAAAAUCUCCUCUGCGACUACUACUAGCGGUUGUUAUGACCUUUACCUACCUCUUGCAAAGAAAGCCAGCUUUGAGCCUUGUAUAUCGAAACAUGCAACUUUACUAGACGAGCACAUGAAGAAAAAUGUCCCGAGCGUUGGCGCCUUUUUUGCUUGCCAUGCUUGACACGACAUGUAUAAGUCGACCAUGUACCAGCACAGAAGUUGAAAAGUGUGGCAUCACUCGCAGCAUACCUGUUUGCCUUACUCUUGAACUCCGCAAACAGGAUUGGAAUAUUUUGUGUCCUCUCGCGAGGCAGCGUACAGCUUUCCGAUUGUUACAAAGCAGCACUUGCCGACAGCAUGUUUGCUCAAUUUAGGAGUUGAAAGCACAUUGCCAAUUAAAUUUAUGCACGCAGCUUCUCCUACUGCCCGAUUUCAUGCUGCCGUAUUUUAAAUAGAACCGUGCCGAGUUCAAGUGAGAUUUUGUUUUAUGUAUGCGAUUAUAAAACCCCCUUUGGAGUGCAUGCUGUCUUUUUUUCUUUACACCUUUUUUUUAUUUUGCUGUUUCGGCACGCACAUGUUUUGACGAAAAGCCUGUGAAAAUUGCUGUUGCUCGAUUUUUUUACGGCAAACAGUGAACCCAAGUAUUUUUUUUUUUUUUGCUUUGUGCAUCGAGCAUGUCCUUUUUCUGUUGUUGAAAGCAAAAUUUUCACUGGCAAACUUGCGUCUACUGCUUGAGCUUUGAGUCACGCACUGAGUCAUUCAAGUUUGUGUACAAUAAAUAGCGUUUGGCAGAUGCCUUUAUUUAUAAAUAAAACUUAGAACUGACAAA